GGUAAAUGAAAGGGCAAAUUUUUCACACAAGUUUACAAUUCUUCAAGAGAAUUUCGAAAAUGUUUGACAAACGAGAUAACAAACCAGCUGGCGACAAACGCGAGACCAUACAAGAAAUUGCAAUUAAACUAGCCGAGGAGCAAUUGCGUACGCUGCAAGCGGAGAGUGGACCUAAGGAACGUACCGUUUUCGUGCUAGGCAGCAGAGGUGCCGGCAAGUCCACGGUGCUACAUAAAUUCUUCGAACGCGAGGACAAUCCACGACCCACACUUGCUUUAGAAUAUUCAUACGGCCGACGCACGAGCGGCACACAAAAACAGGUGUUGAAUGUGUGGGAGCUCGGCGCUUUGGACAAUGCAGAGCAGUUGAUUUCAGUGCCCUUACGCACACAUGGACUCGAAAAUUUCGCGGCCAUUAUAAUGUUGGAUCUCUCGCAGCCGAAACACGUUUGGCCGGAAUUGGAGCGCAUUUACCAGGCGCUACGCAGCACGAGCAGUAAACUGUUGAGUUCGGAUGAGGAGCAAAUGUAUCGCGAGCGUAUGGCGGACCGGCUCAAAAAGGAUCACAAUGAUUUGGAGUGUCUGGAGUUGAUGCCAUUUCCGAUAGUUAUAGUUGGUGGCAAAUAUGAUUUGUUCAAAGAUUUCGACACCGAGCUAAAGCAACAUAUCUGCCGUUGUCUGCGUUCCAUGGCACACUUGAUAGGCGGCAGCGUACUCUUCUAUUCCAAUAAAAUACCCAAACUUGCGAAAACACUACGCGAUACCAUAAGUCACUUGGGUUUCGGUAGUCCCACGCAUCCAUUUCGCUCGCAUGUGACAGACAGCGCAGAUGCACUCUCUAUUUGGUUCGGUACCGAUAGUUGGGAUCAGAUUGGCAGAGUCGGUGUGCUGAGUGUAGAACGUAUUGGCUCACUACUGGCCAGCGAGGCGCCACAGCUGAAUGAAAUGGCAAAGAAACGUUCCGCGAAAUCGAAAACACAUAUUAAUGAUCCAGCCAAGGACGCAGGGUUUCGUGAGAGCAUUAUUGAUGAGAUGCGCGCUCAAAAGGAUAAAGAACUGCAGGCAAUCAUCAAGGAAUCACAAUUACGUGGACAGUUCGAGACGAUUGUUUGAAGGGAGUUAAGCGCUGAAAAUGAAAUAUAGUUAUGGAAAGUUAUGUAAAUGAGUUAUGAAAAUUGGGAUAUUUGUUGUU